AUGAAGAAAAAUCCAAAAAAUACUGAAGAGCUCACGGAUUUGCCUCAUGUUGACAAUUCAGAUAAUUGUAUUAAAAUGAACAAUAUAAAAAAUGACGACAAUGGAAAUAAUAAUUAUGGGAAAUCAGAUAAUACAAAUGAAACAAAUAUAAAUGAUACUUUAAGUUACAACAAGUAUGGGAAUAAUUUCUUAAGUUACAACGGAAAUUAUGGUUCGAAUAAAAUGUACAAUAAUCAGAAUAUGAACAAUAGAUAUUACAAUAAGAUACAUUUUAAUGAAGAGAAUUAUGAGUAUUUUGGAAGGAGUAGAAAUUACAAAAAUAGCAAUAAUAAUAGUAAUUAUAACAACAAUAAUAAUAAUAAUUAUAAUUACUAUAACCAUAAUAAUAAUAGUAAUAAUAACAAUAAUAAUAACAGUAGCAGUGGUAUAAAUAUGAAUAAUAAUUAUCAUGAUGGGGAUUAUGUGAAAUAUAACAAAAAGGGAAGCACUAUUCAUAACAGAUAUAAUAAUAUAUAUACAACAAGUACUACCCAUAACACCUAUAAUAAUAAUAAUAAUAAUAACAAUAAUAAUAAUAAUAAUAAUAGUAGUAGUAGUCAAAAUUGUCAUAUUUCUAAUAAUAAUAUAAGUGGCAGUAAUUACCAUUAUUAUAAUCCAUAUAAUUAUUAUAAUGGUUGUACAAGUAUAGACAAUGAGUUUAACGAAAAAGACCAUAAACAGAUAUCUCCAAAAAAGAUGUCGAAUAGUGUGGCAACAGGAAGAAGUGAAUAUACUAGCGAGAGUAAAGAAUAUCAAGGUAAUGAUAUGAAUAAAAAAAAAAAUGAAUUCAAUAAGAAUGAUACAUGUACAAAUGAUAUGAAGACAAAUGAUAUACGUCCAAUGAACAAAGAUCAGAAUAUGAAAAAAAACAUAAGAAUUAAUAAAAAUUAUUUUCCCAAAGGAAUUUCUUCACCCAGAAAUAAUGGUAAUACAAAUGAUACAUAUAUAAGAGAUGAUACUGUAGUAAAUACAUAUGAAGAAAGUUUUACAAUAAAAAAUAAGAAAAAAAAUUAUUAUAGAUAUCAAAAUAAUUAUAAAAAUAACAAUUCAAACCAUUUCUAUAAUUCCUUGAAUAUGAAAUUGGUUAAUUAUGGAAAUUUUGGUUACAAUAACAAUAAUCAUUAUAACAACAAUUAUAAUAAUAAUAGUAAUAAUUAUUAUCAUAAUAAUAAUAAUUAUCAUAAUAACCAUAGAGUUAACACACAUAUGAGUUACAAAAAUAAGAACAACUCCAUGAAUAAUUAUUAUCCAUAUAAUAAUUAUAUUGAUGCAAAGGAAAAUGAUACUAUGCAAAAAGGUACUUCCAGUCGUAAUAUCAUUUAUGAUAAUAAAAAUGACGACACAAAUUUUAACUGUUUUGGAAAGGAUAAAUAUGGAAACAAAAAAAAUGAAAUUGAUAAAAAACAAAAUGAAAGUGUUGCUGUUUAUGAUAAGAAUAGCAAUAAGGAAAACCAUAAGGAUGACAAUAAAAACAAUAGUACUAAUGAUAAUAUACCUAAAAUUAAUAAUAUUGAUAAUUGUAAUUCAACUAGUGAUGAUAUAAUAAAGACAAAUAAUGAAGAAAAUAAUACAUAUAUAUCACCUCAAAAUAAUAGUGUUGUUGAAUUUAAUAAUACAAACAUGGAAGAAAAUGUUUCUUAUGGAAACAAUGAUAAUGUAUCAAAAGAUAUUAUUAUGGAUAAUAUAUGUGAUACAUAUAAAAACGAAAGUAAAUCCUUUGAAAAAAAUGUAUAUAGUACUAUAUAUAAUGAUAAGGAAAAGAUAAAUCAUGAUGGUGAUAUGGUCACGGAAAAGGAUAAUUCAGAUAUAAUAUAUAAAGAAAUAGAAAACAAUUAUUAUAAAAAAGAUAGGAAUGAUAAAAAGAAGGAUGAUAAUAAUAUAGGUAAUGUUAAGGUUUAUCCCAGUUUGUAUGAUACAUUUGAUAAUAAUGAUAAGAGAGAUGAUGAAAAUGGAAUGACAGAAAUAAAAGGAGGGGAGGAAAAUUUAGAUAUAAAAAAAAUCUCCAAUAAAAAUAGUAUGGAUAAAAACAAUGUAUCCUAUUUGGAGAAUGAUCAAUAUUUGAAAUGUAAAAUUGGAGAGGUAAAGAAUAAAAAUGAACAAGUUAAGGCAUCCGAAUAUAAUAAUAAUAAUAAUAAUUAUAAUAAUAAUUAUAAUAAUAAUAGUCAUAAUAAUUAUAAUAAUAAUAAUUAUUAUUAUCAUAAUAAUGUUAAUGAUUAUGAUGAUUAUUACGACAUCAAUGAUAAUAAUAAUUUGUUUAAGGAUGAAAAUUUUGAUUAUACACAAAAUAAUAAAUAUUUUAAAUAUAACAAUAGGAAUAAUAUAAAAAAUGAGCACUCAUCCAAAUCACAUAUACAAAGUAAUAUGAAUUAUAAUAAUAUGAACAGCUCUUAUAAUUAUACUAGUGGAAAUACUUUACAUUCUGGAGAAAAUAAAGAAUUAUCAUAUGAAAAGAAUUAUUAUUCAUUUUCAAAAAAUGAGACUUUUAAGAAAAAGGGUUUAAAUAAAAAUUACACAAAUGUGUAUAAUUUUAAUUACAGUAAUAGGAGUGGGAAAAAUAUGAAGAAUCAGAACUAUUCCUAUAAUAAUUAUAACUCAGGAUAUCAAAGAAGUAAUGUGUCAAAGGAUAAUAAAUAUAAUGAUAAUGAGGGAAAUAAUAUGUAUGAAAAUGAUGAGAAUAACCAUAAGGGAAACACAACUCAAAAUAAUGAUAUUAUAAAUGAAAAAUAUGAAGAUAAGGAAAAAUAUGAAGAUACAGAAAAAUAUGAAGAUAAAGAAAAAUAUGAAGAUACAGAAAAAUAUGAAGAUAAAGAAGAAUAUGAAGAUAAAGAAAAAUAUGAAGAUAAAGAAAAAUAUGAAGAUAAAGAAAAAUAUGAAGAUAAAGAAAAAUAUGAAGAUAAAGAAAAAUAUGAAGAUAAAGAAAAAUAUGAAGAUACAGAAAAAGAUCAAAAUAUAGACAAUGAUCAAUGUGAAGAUAGCAUUAUUAAAAAUAACAAUAUAAUAAGUAUAGAGGAUGAUAAAAAAGAAUGUGAAAUAUAUAAUCAUAGAGAUAACAAUAUUAUUAAUUGUGACAAAACCGAUAACAACUGUGAUGUUCAAUAUAUUUCGAAUUCACAAAAUGAUGAACCUAACAUAAAUAUUGAAAAUAAAGAGGAGAAAAAUCUCACUACUGAUAUAAUAAAUUGUGAUGGUUCAACUAUUGCAAAUAAUAAAAAUUACACUUAUAAUAAUUAUACAAAUGAAGAAAAAAAUAGGAUUAGAAAUAAUUGCCAAGGUUUAAUAAAUAUGAUACCUGACAAUGACAACAUAAAUCAUCAUCCUAUUUCAAAAAAACGAUUUAGUUAUUAUAAAGAUAAAAAUUUCUUUUAUAAUAAAAAUGUAGAGGCAGAUAAUAAUGUACGCAAUUAUGUUGAUCAUGCACCUAUACAUAUUUCUACAUAUAAUGAUUCCUACAAAACAAAUUUCCAAAGAAAAAAGGAUUAUAAUAGUUAUGAUAUGACAAUGCCUUAUAAAAAGGAUAGUAAAUAUUAUAAGAAGAAAGGGAAAAUAGAGAGGAGAAUUAAAGAACAUAAUUGUUAUAGCUCUAUAGUAGGAGAAAAUGAAAGAAAUAAAAUAAUUGAUACCAUUGGUGUAACAACAUCAAAUGGAUAUAUCAACCAUAAUAUUCAAAAUGUGCAAAAUAUUCAAAAUGUACAAAAUGGACAAAAUGUACAAAAUGUGCAAAAUAUUCAAAAUGGACAAAAUAUUCAAAAUUUUAAGAAUAUAUCAAAUAUUCAGAAUGUUCAAGAUAUGCCAAACAUUUCAAAUUUCCCCAACAUGCCCAAUAUAUCUAACAUUUCUAGUGGGUCCAAUAUUCCAAACAUGUAUAAUGUUCAGAACAUUCCUCAUGUUAAAGGACAAGAUCAAUUUUGUAAUUCUACAUAUGGGCGAAACAAUAAAGAAAGAAAAACUAUCAUAUCGUCUAAUUCAACUACCAAUGUAACCUUUGACACUAAAAAGAAGGCUACACAAAAUACCUGGGUUAUUGACCAUAUAAACAAUGAAGAAGAGGAACAAAUGAAUAAUAUAACUUCCAUUUCAAACACAACAAUGAAUUGUUACAAAUCCGAAUUUUCAUGUUAUAAAGAUAAUUAUAAAUACAAAAAACAUUCAACUCAUAUUUCUACACCCAAUUAUUCAAUGAACAAAGAUAACGGUGUAAUAAACGUAAUAAGUUCUGGUGACAAAUUAAUAAAAAAUGAAUAUAUGUAUAAUGAAGAAAAGGGAAGAAAGCGAGGAAACAAAAUUAAUAAUAAGACAACCUGGCAAAAAAAAGGAUUAACAUUAGAGAAACAUAGGGAGAAAAUAAAUAUAUUAUUAAAUGAAGAUAUAAAUAUUCCGAAUGUGGUGAAUUGUACUAAUACAUCAACUGAAUUAAAUGUUGCAAAGGAAUCUCAAAUGUAUGACGAAUUGAAACAAAAGAAAAAAAACAAAAAGAAAAUAGAAGAAUUGUAUUGUAUGAAGAAACCAAUAGAUUUGUUGCAUGUAAGAUCAAAAUCUGAAAAUCUACAUUGCAGGAAAAAUAGUUUUAAGAACUUGGAAAUUUCUAUGACGAAACCGCAUAUGCAACAUUUUGAACAGUCUAUAAAUAUGGAAGGGUUUAGAUGUAUAUUGAGUAAAAUAAUGAUUAACUAUGAAGGUGAAAUGAUAGUGGAUGAUCAAGAGGAAGAGGAAAAUAAACAUGGAAAUGAAUAUGGACAUAAAAAUGGAGAUGAAUAUGGACAUAAAAAUGGAGAUGAAUAUGGACAUGAACAUGGAUAUAAAAAUGGACAUGAAUUUGCAAAUAAACAUGAUAUAGAACACAACGUUAUUGAGAAGAAAGAUGAAGAUGAAAAAAAAAACGAAAAGGAUCAUAAAGAAGAAGAAAACGAAAUUAAUAACAUCAAAGAAGAACCAAAAGAUUAUUCAAAUAACAAUGUAUGCAACGAAUCUAAUGACAUACAACAUGAUAAACUUAAGAACAAUGAAACAAUUUCUACAAAUUCUUGUGAUUGUUCUAUGAUUAAAAAUGACGAUUCUUUUGGUGAUAGUGUUCUAUCUAAUAGCUGCGUAUACAAAGAAAAUGAUAUAAAUAGAAAUAGUUGUAUAAAUAAAAUGAAACAAUUGAAGGAUGAUAAUAUAAAAAAGGAUAAUGGUAUGGAAGAAAAGUAUGUGAACAAUAUGGACAAUAUGAACAUAAAUACCAUAGAUAGCAUACAUUUUGAUAGUAUUCAUAUUGAUAGUUUACAUAUUGAUAACUUACAUAUUGAUAAUAUAAAUAUUAAUACUACUAAUAACAUAUAUAAAAAUGGUGAUAUAACUAAUAACAACAGAAAUACAGGAGAUAUGAAUAGGGUUCUUUUUAAUUCGAGAGAAAACAUUACUGAUGAAUAUAGUAUGAAAACUCAAAACACCUUUCUUUGUAUAUAUGAUGAAAAUAAUCAAGAAAUUUUUGAUAAAAAAAUGAAAAAGAAAAAAGGGGUUUACCAAAAAAAUGAUUUAAGUAGUGAUAUUAUUUUAAAUAAAUAUUCAUUAGAAGAAAAAAAUAAUUGUGAUUUGAGGAUAUAUACUAAUCAUAUAAGUAAUAGUGAUAAGAAUAUGGAAAAUUGUUAUGAUCCUUCUUGUGGUAUGAAAACAUAUGAUAAUAUGAAUAAUAAAAAUGUUGCUAUUGAUACAUAUGUGAAUGAGGGUUCUAAAAUAACAAAUAGAUUAUGGAAUAAUACUAUAGAUAGAUAUUCUUAUAAAAGUGGAAGGAAUAGAGUGCAUUAUAAUGAGUAUGAUAAGUUGGAAGGGGGAAAUUAUGGUUAUCACCACAAUAAUAUGAUGUACAAGAGAUAUGGUAACAAUAAUGACAAUAAUAAUAAUUAUUAUGAUGAUAAUGAUAAUGUUAAUAAUGAUGAUAAUAAUAAUAAUAAUGAUAAAAAUAAUAAUAGUAGUAGUAGUCAUUAUAAUAAUUAUCAUCAUAAUAAUUAUUAUCAUCAUAAUAAUUAUCAUCAUCACAAUAAUUAUCACAGUAAUAAUCAUUUUAAUAAUUAUCAUCAUCACAGUAACAAUCAUUUUAAUAAUUAUCAUCAUAAUAAUAUGAAUUCAUAUAAUGAGGGAAGAACCAUACCAAAUAAUAGUUAUGGUGGGAAAAAUAGUUACAAUAAUAAUAAUAUGGGAGAACACAUAAAUAAUAUCGACAUAACAGCUAGCCAGAGGGUUCUAAAGGAUGAUAUGAACAAAAACAAUUUAUAUAUGGUUCAUAAUCAACAUAAUUUUGAAGAAUAUAAAAAUUAUAUGAAUACGAAUGUGAUGAGAUAUAACAAUGUUCAUAAGAAAAAAUAUAUCACAGGUACAAAUUAUCAAGUGAGUAAUUAUAAUGAUACCUAUCACUUUAAUAAUGUGAGAGGAAAACAGUAUUAUUUAAAUAAAUACAAUUAUAAUAAUCAUCAUGAUAUGGUAUAUGCGAAUGGGAAAAAUGUAGAGGUACACAAACAUAUGAGGGCAAACAAUAAAAUAGAAACAUAUAAUAAUAUGAUAGAUGGUAUGAAUGAUAUAAAUGUGAAUAAUAAUAUACGUGAUAAUACGAAUAACUAUUCUAAUGAUUCUUAUGUGCAUGCAAAAAUUGGAGAUGUGCAAAAGGUAUAUACGAAUGAUGAUAUUCCAAAUGACAAACAUAAUAAUAAUAAUAAUAAUAAUAAUAAUAGUAAUGGUAAUAAUAAUAUGGUAGCAGUUGACAUAAAUGAAGAAAAUAAUAAAAAUAAUAAAGAUAAUAAAAUUGAGGUAAUUAAUAAAUGUGAUGAUAACAAUGAUGAACAUGACAAAAUAGAUACAAAAAGUGUUGUAAGUUAUAAAAGUAAUGGAAAUAAAAGCGGUAUAAGUGAUAAAUAUUUUAAUAAGCAUAAUAAUGAUAAUAAUUAUAAAUACAAUAACAAUCAUUAUUAUAAUCAAUCUAAUGAUAUGAACAAAAUUACAAAUAAGUAUAUGAAUCACAAUAAUUCCAAUGAUAACCUUAAAGAUAACAACAACAGUAGUAAUGAUAGAAAAAAAUAUUUACAUUAUUUAAAAAAAAAUAAAAUGAAUAAUACAUUUAGUAGUAAUAGGAAUAAAUAUGGAAUGGAAAAUUAUGAUGAUGUAAGUUAUACAAAGGAUUACAAUGAUGAUAAGAUGAACAACAACAACAAUAAUAAUAAUAAUAAUAGAGAUAGAAAUAAUUAUCAUAAUAGUGAUAGAAAUAAUUAUCAUAAUAGUGAUAGAAAUAAUUAUCAUAAUAGUGAUAGAAAUAAUUAUCAUAAUAGUGAUAGAAAUAAUUAUCAUAAUAGUGAUAGAAAUAAUUAUCAUAAUAGUGAUAGAAAUAUUUAUCAUAAUAGUGAUAGAAAUAAUUAUCAUAAUAGUGAUAGAAAUAAUUAUCAUAAUAGUGAUAGAAAUAAUUAUUAUUACCAUAGUCAUAAAAACAGUUAUGACUAUGUUGUGGAGAAUAUUCCAAGUCAAAAUAAAAGAAGACAUCGAAAAUAUAUGCCAUCAAAUAAUUAUCAAUUAAAUGAAAAUCAUUCAACAAUUAACAACAACAACAAUAAUAAUAAUAAUAAUAAUGACAAUAAUUAUAAAAAAUAUUAUUACAAUAAUAAUUAUAAUAAUAAUAAUUAUUCUUAUUAUUGUAAUGAUGAUAAUUAUUAUAAGCAGACACAUGAAAAAAAUAACCAAGAUUAUCACAAUGAUGAUUUUAAUUUAUCAGUAAAUUAUUAUGAAGAGAAUAUUAAAGAAAAUAUUAAAAUGAAUGACAACAGUGAGCUUUUAAAAAGUGAAGAAAAUAUAAAUGAAGAAAAUAAAGUUGAAAAGGAAGAAAACAAUGAAAAAUUAAUAUGUGAUGAAAAAUUAAUAUGUGAUGAAAAUUUAAUAUGUGAUGAAAAAUUAAUAUGUGAUGAAAAUUUUAUAUGUGAUGAAAAUUUUAUAUGUGAUGAAAAAUUAAUAUGUGAUGAAAAAUUAAUAUGUGAUGAAAAAUUAAUAUGUGAUGAAAAAUUGAUAUGUGAUGAAAAUUUUACAUGUGAUGAAAAUUAUAUAUGUGAUGAAAAUUUUAUAUGUGAUGAAAAUUUUAUAUGUGAUGAAAAUUUAACGUGUGAUGACCAAAUAGAUGGAGAUAUAAAAAAAAUUCAAGAAAAUGUAAUUCCUUCAAAAGUAGAUAAAGAUAUUAAGAGAAGAAAAAAAAAGGAACAUUUUAAUAAUAACUCAUUUUCAAAAGCAGAUAUAUUCAAUAAUUCAUAUAACGUUAAGAACUUGAAUAAUAAUGAUAAUAAAAAUAUGACCACCAUAAGUGAUGAUACAAAUACAGUAAAUGAAAAGAAUGCAAAAAAUAAAAAAAAGAAGAAGAAUUAUCAGAAUAAUGUGGACGUAGUGGUUGAUAAUAUGGAGACAGCACCUAAAGCAAGAGAAGAGAAAUUAAGAAAGAAAUAUUUAAAGGAUAAUAAAAAAAUAAACAAAAUGAAAGAUAAUAAUAUUAAAGAUAAUAAUAUUAUUAAUGAGGAUAGACAUUUUGAUGAUAAUUGUAAGGAUGAUAAUAAUUGCGAUGGUAGUAAUUAUGACGAUAAUAAUAAUAAUAAUAAUAAUAAUAAUAAUAGUAAUAGUAAUAGUAAUAAUAAUGAUAACAAUAAUUAUAAUGAAAAUAAUAAUAAUUAUUAUUAUGAUGAUAGUACGCUUACUAAGAAAAAUUCAUAUACCUAUAAAGUGAAAGAUCAUUUAUAUUAUAACUACAAUAGAAAUAAUCCUUCAACCAAUAAAUAUGAAUCAAAUUAUAUUGCACAUGAACAUAAUACAUACAACAAUAAUAAUAAUAACAACAACAAUAAUAAUAAUAAAAAUGAAAAUUAUGCAAAUCCAUAUGAAUAUAAAAAAAACAGUUAUAACAAAAAUAAUAAUUACAACAAUAGAUCUAAUAAUAUGUACGACACAAAUAGUUACAAUAAAGGAUAUAAAAAUUACAAAAAUAAAAACCAUAAAACCACACCCACAGAGCAAUACAAAAAAAGUUAA